AUGCCGCGCCCUCCACUGGAUACUUUCCAAAUUGGCUGGAUCUGUGCUCUCCCGAUCGAGGCUGCUGCUGCCGCUGAGAUGCUGGACGAAAAUUUUGGGAUUCUCGAGGAGCAAGAUGCAGCGGACACAAAUUCCUACAUGUUGGGCCGAAUCAGCAAACACCACGUCGUGAUCGCCUGCCUUCCUGGAGGGCAAUACGGAACCACCUCAGCCAGUACUGUCGCAAAUAAUAUGAUCCGCACUUUCUCCAAGUCACUUCGAAUUGGAGUGAUGGUCGGAAUUGGAGGCGGAAUCCCGUCGGCUGCCCAUGAUAUUCGCCUCGGCGAUGUCGUGAUUAGCUACCCCGAAGGUACUUGUAGUGGUGUGAUCCAAUACGACAUGGGGAAGGUUGUUGUAGGGGGUGAUUUUGAACGAACUGGCUCAUUGAACAGCCCCCCGAGAGCACUAUUGACCGCAGUUGGCAUGAUGAGAGCUGCGGCGCUAAGGGAUGACCCCCGCUACCUGGAUUAUCUUCAAAGUGCGAUUGGAAGGACCGCACGAACUCGAAAAGCCUUCGGCCGACCUACUGUACAGUGCGAUCGACUAUUUCAGGCCAAACACGAUCAUCCUCCGGAUGCGAGUAGCUGCAAUGGAUGUCUUGCGGAAUGGGAAGAGACAAAAAGUGAACGCGAGGAUAAUCAUCCGCAACCCCACUAUGGCAUCAUCGCGUCUGGGAAUUCUGUUAUCAAACAUGGGGAAACAAGGGAGCGGCUGAGGUCGAUGACGGGAGCGUUAUGCUUUGAGAUGGAGGCAGCCGGUUUGAUGCUGGACUUUCCCUGCAUAGUCGUCCGCGGUAUUUGCGAUUAUGCCGAUUCGCAUAAGAAUAAGCAGUGGCAAGGAUACGCGGCUUUAGCAGCAGCGUCAUACACAAAGGAGCUGCUAGAGUACGUUCCUGUGGGCCGUGUUUCACAAGAAAAAUUGGUGGUGGAUAUGUGCAGUGAUAUGAAAGAAGAGAUACGGGGCACCAAUCAGCGUCUAAAUGAAAUUAAAUAUCAACAAGACCAGCACCAUCGUGAGCAGAUUGAAGUAAUAUUGACAGGACAGCAACGAGCUUGUCAUCAAAUAUUCAAGGUCGCCAACUACGCGGAGCAAAAGAAUAUCAACCCGAGAAAAGCUGAAGGAACCUGUCUAUGGGCCCUACAGAGUUCUGAAUACAUUCGUUGGUCGGAGAGCACUGGUCACGAUCUCCUCUGGGUGUCAGCAGAUCCGGGUUGCGGGAAGUCUGUACUCGCUCGGUCGAUCAUCGAUGACUACUUGGAAGAUGCUAGCCAAGUAGUCAAAGUAUGUUACUUUUUCUUUAAGGACAAUGAAGAACAGAACCAUCUUGCUACGGCAAUGUGCUCAGUUCUUCACCAGCUCUUCGAUCAGCGGCCGGAUCUAUUACGUUAUGCUAUACCGUCCUGGGAAAAGAAUGGGGAGAAGCUCCGACAAGAGGUUGAGGAGCUUUGGCGCAUCUUUAUGACGGCCGCAUCAGCUGAAGCAUCAUGCAAGACGAUUUGUAUAUUCGAUGCGCUAGAUGAAUGCCGGGAGGUUGAUCAGGGUCGAUUGAUUGGGAAGCUCGAUUUAUUCCAACACCAGUCGUCUUCACUAAUACAAGAUCCUUGUUUGAAAUUCUUGGUUACCAGUCGCCCCUACGACCAUAUCCAGAAUCACUUCAGAGCGAUAACAAAUUCUUUCCCGCAUUUACAUCUAAAGGGCGAGGAAAACAACGACCAAGUCCGUAAGGAGAUCGAUAUUGUUGUGAAAAUGAAAGUUAAAGAGCUAGCUAAGACUACACAACUGUCACACGAUGUGACCCAGCGACUCGAGCAACAACUUCUUCAAAUGGAACACCGCACGUAUUUGUGGCUACAUCUAGCUAUGGAUGACGCCCGAUCUACGUUCGAGGAUAGCCUUCGGCCUGCCGAGGAAUCGAUCCGAAUGAUACCCCCUUCAGUGAAUAAAGCAUAUCAAAAAAUUCUUAGUCGAGUCCCUUCCGGUCAAUUAGAUACCGCGAGGAAGGUCUUGGAGAUUAUUGUUGCUGCGCGCCGUCCUCUAACAACGGUGGAAAUAGCCAUGGCACUGGGUAUAGCUACCUCCCCACAGUCACGAACAGCAGCGGAAGCUAGACUUGAUUCGUCGCGAAUAGGCAAGAAGCUCCGUCGUCUGUGUGGACUUUUCAUCUUUAUCAAGAACUCUAAGAUCUACCUCAUCCAUCAGACUGCGAGAGAAUUUCUUAUUUCAAAGAGCAGUUCGAACAAUUUUGGUCUCGUAUACUCCUUGAGACUGAGUGAUGCUGAGAACCAAAUGGCUCGAGUAUGUCUGCGAUACUUGCUAAUGGAGGAUCUGGUGCGUGAUGAUGAGAGACUUUGCUCCAAUGUCCACGAUUUCUUGGACUAUUCAGCAAUACACUGGCCCGAUCACGUAAGGAAAAUGGAUUUGGCUUCGGACCAAAAAACGGUCGACCGAGUGCAUCGAUUAUACGACGUGAGUGGAAAGCUAUUCUCACUCUGGUUCCCUAUCUUUUGGGGCGCAGUAAUGCCUAGCGAGACACUGCCUACAAUAAAAGCACUACACUUAGCAGCAUUCAACGGCCAUAAGAAGGAGGUUCAAACCCUCCUUAAUGUUAAUAAUAGGGAUAAUAAUAUACCUGAUGACACAGGAACGUAUGCCGUCGUGUGGGCGUCAUGGAAUGGGCACGAAAACGUCGUGCAGAUACUGCUAGAUCACGGCGCCGAUAUAAAUGCCCUGGGUGGAGACUACGGAAAUGCCCUCCAGGCUGCUUGUUACAGAGGACACGAUAAGAUUGUGCUGCUGCUGCUCGAGCACGGCGCCGAUGUCGAUGCCCAGGGUGGCUACUACGGAAGCGCCCUCCAGGCUGCUUGUUAUAGAGGACAAGAUAAGAUUGUGCAGCUACUACUCGAGCACGGAGCCGAUGUCAACGCCCAGGAUGGAGAAUACGGAAACGUCCUCCAGGACGCUUGUUUCAGAGGGCACAAUAAGAUUGUGCUGCUGCUGCUCGAGCACGGAGCCGAUGCCAACGCCGCCCAGGAUGGAGACUACGCAAACGCCCUUCAGGCUGCUUGUUACAGGGGACACGAUAUGAUUGUGCAGCUGCUGCUCGAGCACGGAGCUGAUGUCAAUGCCCAGGGUGGGCGAGGAAACGCCCUCCAGGACGCUUGCUACAGAGGACACGAUAAGAUUGUGCAGCUACUACUAGAGCACGGAGCUAAUGUCAACGCCCAGGGUAGAGACCUUGGAUACGCCCUCCAGGACGCUUCUUCUGAAGGACACGAUAAGAUUGUGCAGCUGCUGCUCGAGCACGGAGCCGAUGUCAACGCCCAGGGUGGCUACUACGGAAACGCCCACUAUGGAAACGCCCUCUACGCCGCUUCUUCUGAAGGACACAAUAAGAUUGUGCAGCUACUGCUCGAGCACGGAGCUGAUGUCAACUCCCAACGUGGAGAAUACGGAAAUGCCCUCCAAGCUGCUUGUUACAGCGAACACGAUAAGAUUGUGCAGCUACUGCUCGAACACGGAGCCGACGUCAACGCCCGGGGUGGGAAAUACGGAGACGCCCUCCAGGCCGCUUCUUCUGAAGGACAUAAUAAGAUUAUGCUGCUGCUGCUCGAGCACGGAGCCAAUGUCAACGCUCGGUGUGGAAAAUACGGAAAUGCCCUACAGGCCGCUUGUUAUAGAGGACACGAUAAGAUUGUGCAGCUACUGCUCGAGCACGGAGCCGACGUCAACGCCGCCCAGGAUGGAGGCUACGCAAACGCCCUUCAGGCUGCUUGUUACAGGGGACACGAUAUGGUCGUGCUGCUGCUGCUCGAGCACGGAGUUGAUGUCAACGCUCCGUGUGGAGAAUACGGAAACGUCCUCCAGGAGGCUUGUUACAGAGGACACAAAAAGAUUGUGCAGCUGCUGCUCGAGCACGGAGCCGAUGCCAACGCCCAGGGUGGAAAAUACGGAAGCGCUCUUCAGGCCGCUUGUUCUGAAGCACACGAUGAGAUUGUGCAAAUCCUUCGAGGGCAUUCUGCUACCGAUCAGCCGACAUCCUAUCUUUCCUCUUCCAAAAGACCUAAACUCUCUUGA